AUGCACUUCUCACGCAUCGUUCUCGCCAUCACUGCAGCUGCUAGCAGCAUUCAAGCCUCCGCCAUCGCAGGCCGUCAAACCGAGGUCAAGCCAGACGCAGACUGUUGUACUUGCGACUACGACCUCAAGCUCAUCACCUGCAAAGUCUCCGACGCGCCUAUCUGCAAUGUUCCUGACACUCGCUGUCCAUUCCGACCCAGCCAGACGGAAGAGCUCUGCUGUUGCUGCGACCCGAACGCGAACGGACCCGCUAUGAAGUGCGUGGCUCAGGAGAAAGGUGCAGGUUGCAUCUGUCCGGCAGUUGUAUGCCCUUUCAACUUCAAUCAGUACAUGCUUCCGAGCUGGUUUCAAACUUGA